GCGUGGCGCCUGACGAAGCAGUUGGUCCUCUCGAUUGGAAAGCUGCAGGACCUGUCUGAGCAGCCGCCGUCGAAACGCGCUGCGCCGACGGUUAAACGCCCUGGGCCAACUGUUGCCCCGCACAACGCGCAACCUCAUCCCGGCAUGUCAGCUUUGGCAAGGAGGGGACAGCCAUUGCUCCAGAGGUUUGAAGAGGAGGAGGAGAUCGAUUCAGUGGUGGGAUCUGGACUGGUGGGAAGCUUUUCGCGUUGGGGGCGUUGGCUCAUCAGUCUUGUGGCAGUGCUCACAUUGACGCACCAACGGCUGAUUCAGACGGAGAGGAAGCGCAACGUGUUGGAGGCAAUCGAGCUGGGCCAGAACAUUGUCUUGCAAGAUCAGCGGACCUUCGUCCACGAUCAGGAUCAGAGGCAGCUUCAGGUCACGGUUAGGGUGGAUCCGGAUGGCGUGGUAGCCCGUGAAACUGAGAUCAUGUCCCAAGCUCAUGUUGCUGUAAGUGAGGUGGUCUUGGAACACCUGGAAGCUCUGAUGCUGGUUUCGAGGCAGCUUCCCGGGGGUGAAGUGACUCGUUGUCGGACAGUAGCGGGCGUGGCGGAGGUGGCCCAGGCUGGUUCAGAUGUUGUGUUGAGCUGGCUGCUGGAAUGUUUCACUGAAGGUUUGCAACUGCAGGACUUUUUGCAUAGUGGUUUACUCCCACGUUUGGACAUGCACAUCGGUGUCAAAGAUGCCUGCCUUUGUGUCCCUGCCAUCCUGUCGCAUCAGCCAGCCAUGUUGGCUCAGUCAACUAGCUCAAAGAGUUUUGAGAUUGAGUGGAUUGCAGGUAGUGGUGCGGGUCGUGACCUAGGUGAGGAACCAAUUGAUCGCAUGCGUAG